ACUCACGUUACUCCACAACAAUCCAUCAACCAUGAGCAACUUCAACAAUUUUCUCAUUUCUAUCAUCCUCCUCUCCACCCUUUUCUUUACCUCCACUUAUGGAGCUACCUUCACCAUCCGCAAUGACUGCUCUUAUCCCGUUUGGGCUGCAGCCUCUCCCGGUGGUGGCCGUCGUCUAAAUCAAGGCCAGACAUGGAACCUUAAUGUGCCUGCUGGCACGUCCAUGGCUCGUAUCUGGGGCCGGACAAACUGCAACUUUGAUGGCAGUGGAAGGGGUCGUUGCCAAACUGGGGAUUGUGGAGGAGUUCUAAAUUGCCAAGCAUGGGGUCAACCUCCUAAUACUCUAGCUGAAUAUGCACUAAACCAAUAUGGGAACUUGGAUUUUUACGAUAUAUCCCUCGUUGAUGGAUUUAAUAUCCCUAUGGAGUUUAGUCCAACUUCUGGUGCAAGGGACAAGUGCCGUCCACUUUUCUGCACUGCCGAUAUUAAUGGGCAAUGCCCUAACCCGUUGAGGGCUCCUGGUGGGUGCAACAACCCCUGCACUGUGUUUAAGACCAAUGAAUAUUGUUGUACUCAAGGGCAGGGAACCUGUGGCCCGACCGAAUACUCAAGGUUUUUCAAGAGCAGGUGCCCUGAUGCGUAUAGUUACCCUCAGGAUGAUCCUUCAAGCACGUUUACAUGCCCUGGUGGGACAAACUACAGGGUUGUGUUUUGCCCUAGAAGAUCUCCUCACUUCCCCUUGGAGAUGGUUGGAGAAAAAAUUGUUGAGCAGUAAAGGCAUAGAUACGCAUGAUCUGAUGCAUUCCCAUGGGAGGCUUUUAAAGCUUCUGAAAAAUAAUUAAGAUGCAUCUGUGAGUGUGAGUGAAUAUGUGUUGUAAUAUUAAGCUUGAAGAGACAAAGGAACAAAACAGACUUGUGUGUUUUGUUCUUAGGCCUUCUGCUACAGACAUGUUAUGAAAAAUAAAAAUAUCUUUAAAUA